AUGGCCCAACCAACCCCUGAGCAACUCGACUACUAUAUGGCACAUGCCGACGACGAUAAACGACCUAAUGAAAUCGCCUCUCUCGUGUGUGGAUUACUUGCGGCCAUCGUCGCGGUCGCUGCACGUUUCACGGCGCGGCGCAUCUCCAGGAUUACGCUUGGACCGGAAGACUGGACUAUAAUUGCGGCGAUGAUGGGUGAGAUCACAUAUGCCGUUGUAUUUGCUAAAGCCAUCGACAACGGCCAAGGGCGACAUAUUAUCUUUGUCAAGGACGCGGUCUCUUUUAGCAAGGGAUACGUUGCUGCCAUCGUCAGCUACUCCUUUACGGUAAUGGUGACAAAAAUCUCGGUCCUGCUUUUUUAUUGUCGACUGUUCGGAUCGAAAUGGAUCUACACAUCUUCCUGGAUUGUCGGCACUAUUGUUGUUCUAUACAACCUGGCGGUCAUCCUGAUCGCCGGGCUGCAGUGUAUUCCACUGUCGGAUCUCUGGACUGGUGGGUCAUCGUGUAUCAACACGGAGCCUCCAUUCACUGGACUGGCCGUUGUCAACAUAGUCACCGAUGUGCUCAUUCUGGCCCUCCCCGUGAAACCGGUGAUGAACCUGAACAUGAAAUCGGCUCGGAAGGUGCAGGUGCUGGGAAUAUUCCUACUGGGAGGAGUUGUCUGCGUCUUCGGGAUCAUCCGCGCCGUCGCAAUGACGGAACUCAGUCUUUUCGAUCCCACUUGGACGGCGGUCGGUGCUGCGAUGUGGUCCUUCGUUGAGAUCUCCGUAGGCAUUGUCGCAGCAUGCCUGCCCAUGCUAGGACCUCUGGUUAGAGGAAAAUCAGGUACAAGUGCCAACCCGUCCGGCGGUAGUGGCUACGUACGAUCCGGCAAGUUCAGCGCUACGGUCUCGAGCAAGUCUGGGUAUAUUCAGCAGGACGACAUUCCUCUGACGGAUGACUGGAGGCAGAAUGCAGAAGGGUCCUCAUCGAAUCAGGGUCGAACGUAUCAGGUGCAGGGCGGGCCCCCUGUAUCGCCGUCGCCGUCGAAACACAAUGCCAAGCAGAUAUCGGUCCAGCAUGAUAUCCAGUCUACGACGACGUUCGUUUGA